CCGGCGCGGCGGGCGGACGAGCAAGAGUGCGGCGUAGUGGGACUGCACGGACGGCCCCGCUACCCCGACUGUCACUGCGAAACGAACCGCAAGACCUAGCUAGGCCUCGCCACAGCCCUGAGGAUGAAGCAAGAAGCAACCUUCUAGAUAGCAGUGAUAAUUCUUUGAUGAUCCAUUUAAGACACAGCUAUUUCAAGAAAAAUGGCCCUCACAGCCCAACAGAUACCCAGGUGGUUCAGCUCGAUUAGACUGAAUAGCUUCAUUACCGCUACACAACUUGGAAAUCAUUUUCAGAGACCAGGAAAAACAUUGCUGCGUGGAUUUUCUGCUCAGCCUCAGAUGUCCUCUCACAAUUGCUUUCUCCAGUGGGGAUUUAAGACUUAUAGGACUUCCUCCAUAUGGAAUAAUAGUUCCCAGUCGACCAAACAAGAGAUUAACUCUGCCGAAAGCACUGUGCUUCCUUCCGUGAAUGAGCAGCCACAAAAGAUACCCAACUUUGAUUCUGAGCUGUCUCUAGAAGGACUGGACGAUGUGCCUCCAUUGUCUCCAUUGCAGCCAAUUUCUGAGGAGGAGGCUGUUCAGAUUAUUGCAGCCCCUCCAUUGCCCCCGGCUUCAUUCACACUUCGAGACUAUGUGGAUCAUUCGGAGACCCUGCAGAAGUUAGUGCUUCUAGGAGUGAACUUGUCCAAGAUAGAAAAACAUCCAGAUGCAGCCAAUCUCCUUCUGAGACUGGAUUUUGAAAAAGACAUUAAGCAACUACUCCUGUUUCUUAAAGAUUUGGGUAUAGAGGAUAACCAACUGGGAACAUUCCUGACUAAAAAUUAUGCUAUUUUCUCUGAAGAUCUUGAAAAUCUUAAGACCAGAGUGGCUUAUCUACAGUCAAAAAAUUUCAGUAAGGCAGAUAUCGCACAGAUGGUCAGAAAUGCGCCGUUUUUGCUGAAUUUUUCGGUGGAAAGACUGGAUAACAGAUUGGGAUUUUUUCAGAAAGAACUUGAACUUAGUGUGAAGAAGACUAGAGAUCUGGUAGUUCGUCUCCCAAGGCUACUAACUGGAAGUCUGGAGCCCGUGAAAGAAAAUAUGAAGGUUUAUCGUCUUGAACUAGGUUUUAAACAUAAUGAGAUUCAACAUAUGAUCACCAAAAUCCCAAAGAUGUUAACUGCAAAUAAAAGGAAACUGACGGAGAUUUUCGAUUAUGUGCACAACGUGAUGAGUGUUCCCCACCACAUCAUUGUCAGGUUCCCACAGGUAUUUAAUACAAGAUUGUUUAAAGUCAAAGAAAGACAUUUGUUUCUCACCUACUUAGGAAGAGCACAGUAUGAUCCCGCAAAACCUAACUACAUCUCUUUGGACAGAUUGGUAUCAAUGCCUGAUGAAAUAUUUUGUGAAGAGAUUGCCAAAGCCUCAGUACAGGACUUUGAAAGAUUCUUAAAAACUCUUUAGUUUUUGAUGUUAAAAUGUAAUCAUGUAAAGUAAAUGUAAAUAUGAAUAAAUUAAUAUGCUGUUCUUCAAAAUAAAUGCC